GCAUCCCAAAACAUUGGAACUGAGUAAGGAGCGGCACAGAGUUGACCACACGCUCCAUUCGGAGGUGUCAUGUAUCGGUCAAACUCCGGCUCCUCUCGGAGAGCAAGUAUGAAUUCAUCGAAGAUGUCUGGUCCACGUAAAGCCAAAGGCCUGAAGGACAUCAGGAUCAGUGAAGAAGUUAAAAUUGCGGUGAACCUUGCGCUCGAGAGGUUUCAGUACAGCGACGAGAGAGAAAUGGAGUUUCCUUCUUCGCUGACGAGCACAGAGAGAGCGUUCGUACAUCGCCUCGCACAAUCCCUGGGGUACAUUUCAAAAAGCAAAGGUAAAGGGUUACAGCGCUUCCUCACCUUAUGGAAGAAGGACCGUCCAGAAUCGUCACAGUCCGUUAUGACUUUCAGUCUUACCCAAAAUUCCAAGCAUGUGAUUCAAAACCUGCUGCAAGGGUUCCCGAUUACUAGUAAAGAGCGCACUGAUCUGCUCCAGGGCUCUGAGAGAGACCUCGCCGUUUCGCCGGAGGCUCACGGUAACGGGCGAGACAAGAACAGGACAAGCGGGCGUCUGAGUAACGGCAUCCCUCAGGUCCCUGAGUGUAGAAGUCCAUCUGAGCUGGAUUAUUUUCGGAGAACACUGCCUGUCUACGAGCGGCAGGAUGAGAUUGUGACGACCAUCAGUGAGAACCAGGUGGUGCUUGUAGUGGGUGAAACGGGUUCAGGAAAAACCACUCAGAUUCCCCAGUUCCUCCUGGACGACUGCAACCGAAGGGGAAUUCCCUGUCGCAUCUUCUGUACGCAGCCCAGGAGGCUGGCGACCAUCGCUGUGGCGGAGAGAGUAGUGGCAGAGAGAGGAGAGCGCCUGGGCCAGACCGUCGGCUACCACAUCCGCCUGGAGAGCAAAGUUUCUCCGAAGACCUUACUGACUUUUUGCACAAGCGGCGUGCUGCUCAGAACACUGAUGGCUGGUGAUUCUGUCCUCUCCAAGGUCACACACAUCAUCGUGGACGAGGUCCACGAGCGGGACGGCCUGACUGAUUUCCUCCUGACCAAGUUACGGGACAUACUGCAGAAGAUGCCUUCUUUGAGGCUUAUUCUCUCCAGCGCCGCCCUCGAUGUAAAUCUCUUCAUCAGAUACUUCGGCCAUUGCCCGAUUAUUUACAUCAAGGGACGUCCCUUUGAUGUCAAACCACUUUUCCUGGAGGACAUUCUGCGGACCACUGGUUACACAAACAAGGAGAUGGCCAAAUAUAAGGCGGACAUGCAAAAAGAAGUUAAGCAGCAGACGUCUCUAACAGAGUGGUGCAAGGUCCAAGCAGACGUAUCCCCGCCAGCGUCUCAGAAGAACCGGCAGUCUGCCGGCAUCCAGCAGGAAGCUGACCUUCUAGACAGCGGAGGGGACAGUGUCUAUAGCCAGAUGGGUGAGAAAGACGUGGCCUCGCUGGAGCCGUGGCUGCUGAAGGAAAUGGAUGCGUGCAUCUCGAGCAUCUUUUUGCAGCAGGACGCCGAUGCGUUUAUGCAGCUUUUUAACCUAAUUGUCAGCGAGAACAUCAGCGUGGACUACAUGCACAGCGAAACGAGCGCCACGCCCCUGAUGGUGGCCGCAGGAAGAGGCUUCAUCAGCCAGAUGGAGCAGCUCCUCAGCAUGGGGGCCAAUGUGAAGGCUAAAUCUUCUAAUGGCUGGACUGCUCUUGACUGGGCCAAACACUUUAACCAGACCGAAGCUGUAGAUCUGCUGGAGUCUCACAUCUCGUCGCGCGAGGCGGGGCAGCUGGACGAGUCGUCCCUGGUGCAGGCAGCCAGCGGGGAGCUCAGCACUCAGGACCGGGAGCUGCUCAAGGCUUACCACCACAGUUUUGACGAUGAGAAGGUGGACCUGGACCUCAUCAUUCACCUCCUCUUCAGCAUCUGUCAGAGCUCUGAUGAAGGUGCCGUCUUGAUAUUUUUGCCAGGAUAUGAUGAGAUAGUCGGACUGCGAGAUCGCAUUCUUUAUGAUGAUAAAAGAUUUGCAGAGAAUCAGCACAGGUACCAGGUGUUCAUGCUUCACUCCAACAUGCAGACCUCGGAUCAGAGGAAAGUUCUGAGGCCGAGUCCAAGCGGGGUCCGCAAAAUUAUUCUUUCAACCAACAUUGCUGAAACCAGCAUCACCGUCAACGAUGUCGUGUUUGUAAUUGACUCUGGGAAAGUUAAAGAGAAAGCUUUCGACUCCCUGAAUAAUGUGACCAUGCUUAAGAUGGUGUGGAUAUCAAAAGCAAGCGCAUUGCAGCGGAAAGGAAGAGCUGGACGUUGCAGGCCGGGAAUCUGUUUCCAUCUGUUCAGCCGGCUGCGCUUCAAUAACAUGCUGGAGUUUCAGGUUCCUCAGCUGUUGCGUAUGCCUCUGCAGGAACUUUGUCUUCACACUAAACUUUUGGCCCCCAUUACCUGCACCAUUGCUGAGUUUCUUGCCAAAGCCCCAGAGCCACCACACCUGAUCACUGUCAAAAACGCUGUACAAAUGCUCAAGACCAUAGACGCCAUGGACCCGUCAGAAGACCUGACCGAGCUGGGCUACCACCUAGCUGACCUGCCUGUGGAGCCACACCUGGGGAAGAUGGUAUUAUGUGCAGUGGUGCUUAAAUGCCUGGACCCGAUCCUUACCAUAGCGUGCAUGCUGUCCUACAGAGAACCGUUUGUGUUACCAGCUCAGGCUUCACAAAAACGAGCCGCCAUGCUGUGCAGGAGAAGCUUUGCUGCCAACACCUUCAGUGACCACAUGGCAUUGCUCCGGGCCUUUCAGGCAUGGCAAAAGGCCCACAGUGACAGCUGGGAGAGGUCUUUCUGUGAGAAGAACUUCCUGUCACAGGCAACUAUGGAAAUCAUCAUCAAGAUGCGCACCCACCUGUUAGGCCAGCUCCGUGCCAUAGGUUUUGUUCGAGCCCGUGGUUGCAGCGAUAUCCGGGAUGUUAAUCUGAACUCCGAGAACUGGGCUGUGGUGAAGGCGGCUCUCGUGGCAGGCAUGUACCCUAACCUGAUCCACAUGGACAAAGACAAACAAACACUCCGAGGCGCCAAAGAGAAGAAGGUUCGCUUCCACCCUACCUCCGUCCUGAGCCAACCCCAAUACAAGAAGAUCCCUCCGGCGAACGGCCAAGCCGCAGCAGUUCAGGCCCUGCCUACAGACUGGCUGAUCUAUGACGAGAUGACUCGCGCACACAGGAUAGCCAGCGUGCGCUGUUGCACUGCCGUCACUCCGCUCACCGUGGCUGUGUUUGGAGGGCGGGCUAAACUGCCCAGCUCUGCGCUUCUGGAACCUUCUCCACCUUCUACAGCCGAUAAUUUCCAGUUCGAGAGCAGUGACAGUGAAAGUGAGGUUGGCUAUACAGAUCAGCUGGCUGAGAUGAAGAUCGACGAGUGGCUUAACUUCAAAUUGGAUCACGAUAUGGCGUCAAUGGUGUUCCAGCUGAGACAGCGCUGGCACAGCCUGUUCCUGAGGAGAAUCCGGUGCCCCUCUAAGCCGUGGUCCCAGCUGGAUGAGGCAACGCUCCGCGCCGUAGUGUCGGUGCUGAGCGCCGAAGAGCAAACAGCUGGCCUGCAACAGCCCACGGGUGUCGGCCAGAGACCCAGAGCCAUUACUCCAGAUGAGCCACAACAUCAGUCAGACAGCUGGAGGAGUAAUAGCGGGAACAGGAGUGUCAGGGAGCAUGAGACGUCUACAAACAGGUCUCCAAAAGUCUCAUCAUCUGUCCCUCAGUCUAAGGGCCAAAAAGAUAAAGGUGCCAUCCAUUCCAAACGUUCAACUGAUGACCAUCUCCCGGUAAAGUCAGACAGCGCCAGCUUCUCCAGUCCCUGUGCUAGUCCCUCUUCCUCUUCCUCAAUAAAAGUACUAGCUAGGUCACCUUUAUCUGUGAAGAAGAAUGGUUCCCAAUCACCAUCACAAAAGCAAAAAUCUUCAGUGCGUUACUUCAUCAUGAAGAGCUGUACCAUGAGGAACAUCGAACUCUCUCAGCAGCGGGGAAUCUGGUCCACUACGCCCAACAACGAGCACAAACUCAACCGAGCCUUCCAGGAGUGCAGCACCAUCUUCCUUAUCUUCUCCGUUCAAGGCUCCGGACACUUCCAGGGUUAUGCUCGGAUGACUUCGGAGAUUGGCUCAGAGCGCUGUAAAGACUGGGGUGCUGCCGGUCUAGGGGGAAUCUUCAGUGUAGAAUGGAUCUGUAAAAAGAGUCUCUCUUUUCAUGUCACUCAUCAGAUCCUAAACCCCUGGAACGACAACAAGAAAGUGCAGAUCAGCCGGGAUGGCCAGGAGCUGGAGACUAAGGCUGGAGCACAACUGUUGCAACUCUGCGAUCGCUUCCCAAUCAAACAGGAGCAUGAGGAUUGAAGAAGGAUGUUGGCAAACCUACUGUGACCCUUGACCUCAUAUACCUCAUCAGUCCGCGCAACGACGCAGCACCUGAAAUGUCAUCUCGCGUGUCAUAUCUGUAUUUUCAUAAGGUGAUCCGAGUGAGCCCCAUUCGAACCCGAGAGUCGUAGAUAUUGCACUGUGAAAUCCAUUUACAUCCAUCCUAUAAAAAUUAUCCCUGAUCUGUAACUUGGGGCCAGUUUCUUUUUAAUUGCACUAUUAUUAUUAUUAUUAUUAUUAUUUACAUUUGACUUUAUUUUCCUGUUCAGACGUUCCUUCCUUUGCUCCUGUCAGAUUUGCACAGACGGAUGAGAUAACGUUAUGUUCGAGUUGUUGAAUUAUUUUUAUUAUAAUAAAAUCUUAUUUCUUAAGGUGAAUUCUCCUUAAGUAAAAAUGAAUCCUCAUUAGGGAGGAGUGAUUGGAAUAAUAAUUUAAACAAACAGCAUGUCUCACCUUGUGAAGUUUACCAGCUUUCUGAUUGUAUAAUUGGACGAUAAAAGUCAGUGCAUAUAUGAUAUCUUUAAUGUUUUUUUUUGUUUGCUUAUUUGUAACUGUCUCAUUGAUCCUACCAGUGAUAUUUAUUAAUCAUUCGUUAUGAUCACAUGUUCAGCUUAAAAAAAAAAAAAAAAAAAAAGCUAGUUGUAUAGUUUCAGUGCAUGGCUUUAUGACAGAUUUAAAUUUGUGACAGAUUCAAGUUCGACAAACAAACAAGUUCACAAUAAACAAGUUCAUGUUUCAACUUCA